AUGUUGCGAUCAGUGGCGGUCGUACCCUCCAACCCCUCUGAUGAAGAGCCCACUCCGGAGAGAAUAACCAGAAUCUCCGGACCCUUCCGGAAAAUCCGUACCCUCGGCGAGGGAGGUUUUGGAAAAGUGUUCGAGGUCGAACGCGGAGAUAUAAGAUUUGCCCUGAAGGUGGCCCCGAAAGACGAGGUGUCCAUGACGGAGCUGAGGAUGCUGAAAGCCAUGAGACACCUAAACGUGGUCCGCCUAUUGGUGGAUUACGUAACCGACGAACGGCUCUAUCUUGGGGUCGAGCUGAUGGAGGGAGACCUGUUGGAACUGGUCCAACGACGGGGGCCUCUGCCGGAGGGGGAGUGUUGUGAUAUGUUGGGGCAGGCUUUCGCUGGGCUGGCGGCCUGCCAUGCUCAGCGUAUCCUGCACCGGGAUAUAAAACCGGGGUCUGCAUCGCUGAUUUCGGGCUCGCCUGCCGACUUAAUCAGAGGUUCCCGACCACGUCGCGGCGAGCUGGUACUCCCCCAUUUUGGGCACCGGAGGUCCUGA